AUGGAGCUCCAGAGUGUGGUCAGAGCCAUCUCACAGGUAAAGAAGGAAAGGGUUACCUUCUACUCAACAGCAGCAUCCCACCGGGCGCGCCAACAAAGCCGCGGCCCAGCCAGCGCGGCCCCGCCGCACCUGCCGAGCACCCGCGGAGGAGUCGCGGGGCCCACACCUGCUGGGCACAGGCCAAACGCCCCGGAGGCUCCCCCGGGCGGCCGCUGCCCGGCUUUCCCCGCCCCGCCACCGCCUACUGCUGCAGCUGCCCCCGCUCCGUCCUUCCCUCCCUUUGCUCUCCACUCUUUCCUUCCCUCCCCUCCCGCCGGCCCCGGGAACAAAAGAGGCCACUGCGGCAGAGCCCCGCCGGCAGGCGCGGCAGCCCAGCCCGGCCCGCACUCCGGCGGCCCGCCCGACCCGGCAGGCCCGGCCCGUCUCGACGCUGACGCCGACCCGGCCGGACCGGGCGCGAUCUCACCUGGGCCCGGCGCUGGCGCGCUCAGGGCGGCGGCAUGGCGCUCCCCGCCCGGGACACGGCGGGAGGCCGCCGACUGCUCGCCAAGUCCCGCCGCUCCCCGCCCCGGCUGCCGCCCUUACGCAAUUGGCAGCGACCGGAACCCCCGCGGGGAGUCCCAGCUCCCGGCCCCGAGCAGCGGCGGCUGCGCCCCGCAGCCCCGCCCCCCGCGCUCCCACCGCCCCCGCGCCGGGGGCGGAGCGGGGCCGCCCUCACCGCCCUCACCGCCCACCCCCCCCUCGCACCGCCGGGGCCGCCCGGCGGUGGCUCCGCUCCGCGCUCCGCCGAGCACAGUGACUCCCGCCCCGGCUGGAGGGGUCUCCGGCGGGACUGCAUCCCCCCGGCCCGGCCGAGGAACUUCCCGGCGGGACUGCAUCCCCCCGGCCCGCCCGCCCGCCCGCCUCCUGCAGCACCCGGGGCUAGGGGGGCAAAGAAGAGGCGGAGGGGUACUUUGCACCCCUACCCUGACCUACGGGUCUCCUCCGGGCUGGGUGGAGAGAAGCUGA